AUGCCCCUCUCUGUGGCUGCUACGCCUAACGUUCGCCAUCGUAAGCCUAAGAAGCAAUUUAUUGAGCCUGUGAAGCCAUACACGACCGGUCUCCCGCCCAAAAGUAGCCCCCCUUCCUUUGUUCCGGUCUCGUCUUACCCGACCACUGUAUCUUAUGAUAGUAACACAGCAGCUGAGCAACUAAAGGCGACGGAAGACUUAGUUACAUUGUAUUUGACGCCUGAGGACGAUUUCACACAGUCACCCCCAUGGAGCAGAUACGUAUGUCCACACAAGCCUAAGAAGAGAUCUAGGAAGAGAUCUAUUGAGCUAACGGCACGCAAAGACUUGGAGUCCUUGCAUCGGUCGUCGUCUAGUACACCAACGCCCUACCAGCCACCAAGUGUCUCCAUUGAGAGGGAACAAAAGACAUCUGAUGAGACAAUCCAUGCCAUAGAAGUAGGCGAAGUAUCCGAAGACACCGGACUAACAGCGACAGCCCCUACAUCACGCCAAACAAAUCGUGAAGCUACAGGCGAAGGGUCUGAAGACACAGAGCUAACAGCACCCGUCCCUACAUCACGUCAGACAAAUCGGGGAGCUACGGGAGAAGAGUCUGAAGACACUGGACCAACAGCAACACAGCUUACACCCCACCAACUGUGUCAGGCUGCUUUGCAGGAGGACCCUGAAUAUAAUGUAGGUGAAUACCUCUUUAACUGUAUCUAUAGCACCGAGGAAGGCACCGAUUAUGUCAGCUGUAUACCACACACCUCUGUUAUAACUGUGGCAGAUAAAAAGUGUAACAGCGCUAAUACCGCCAUAACCACUCCUGUAAAUGUAUUAGAGGUUAACGUUCCAUUCCUUGAUAAGCAAACAGUACCUAAUUAUAUUACUAACAAUCGGUUUGAACAAGGUGGGGCACUAGGAGGUCCUGAGCAGUUAACAUUACUUCAGAGUGCAGAGUUUUUUGAGUAUUGUGUUAACACAUCCCCUCAACAACCUGCAGUCGCUGACCCUUAUAAACAAAUACAAUCAGAAUUAGCCGAAUUACGAAAACAAAACAAUGGUCUUAUGAAUAAAUUAGAUGUCUUGCAAACAGCUAACACACAAUUGACCGGUUUGGUCACAGACUUUGGAGCUGCGCUAGCCAUUCAGGCCAGUGCUAACACGCAUUUGGUUGAUAUGGUCACAGGCUUUGGCACAGCUAUUGCCUCUCAUGUCAGCUCUCUCAAUUCAAUGCUUGAUCCUAUGAUAGUAUGCCUUAAAAACACAAUGAAUAUGACCCCGCAGUAAAAAAGUGUUAAAACAGUCUAUAGUUUGU